CUCAGUUCCACAACCAACCAGCCAAUAACCACACAUGAGCUCUCACAUCUGUCUGUCUGCACACCGAGGGGGUCCUCAAGUAAGUCACGUAAAAGGUCACGUCGGCCAGACGGCCAGCCAGCCAGGCAUGAUGCAAUAUUACAUGGGUCCAUCCGUCAAUCAAUUGUCAUCCUUCUCGUCUUCGUCUGACGAUGCAUAGAAGUCCCUCUUGCCUUGCCGAGGUCCCACGAUGGUGCCGGCCGGCCGCUGGGCCAAACCAAGCGUGUCCGUCCUCAAAGAACAGAUCCUGCACACCACACACCACACACCACACCACACACAAUCAAUAAACCAUGCAGGCAACCAGUAGGCAGUCGAUCGUCUACCUCUUCCUCGAUAUCCUUUUCCGGCCCUCUCUCCCGCGACCGCGACCGUGAGCGUGACCUCAUGCCUGCCCGCAUACCCCCCCUCGCGAAACCGCCAGGGGGCGCUGCCUGCAGCGACACAUCCACUGCGGGCCGGGUGGACUGCAUCAGCGACUUGAGCUCGGAGUACGCCUUGGCCGAGAGAUGGAGGGGGAGGAAAGCCGCCACCUCUGGCUGGUGGUGCAGUGCAGGGCGGACGUGUCCUUGUCGAACGCAUCUCUGAGGGUAGGUGGGUGGGGCGAUCUGGUGGACGACACAAACACAUGUAUGGCUGGCUGGCUGAGUGGCGCGCGUGAUUCACUUACCGUCUUGUCGUUUCCGCAGUCUUGGAUGCGGCGCUUGAAUGCCUGGACGAAGAGCUGCAGCCACAGCUGAAGCGCUUCAAGGCCAAAGCCGGCCCCCCUCCCUUGAAUGGGAUCUGCACUGCAGAGGACACACACAUCAUAUGCCGCAAACGGACCAAGGAUGCACAGCACAGCCACUUCAACACGCGUGUCGUGUCCCCUCAAUGCAUACACACACGGUGUGUGCAAUCAGUCAGUCACCCAGUCGAAAUGCUAUGCGCACAUUACAUUGCUCUGGCGGCUGUGAAUGGGCCGGGCGGUGGUUGUGGUGGUGGUGGGCGAGUCAGCUUCCCAUGCAGACCCUCCCACGGAGCCCUAUCUUCCUCCGGCAGACAGCGCGACUCGAGCAUGGCCCCAGCCUGACACAGCCACAUGCACGGCUCCUCUGGCCAACCGUGGCAGACAGCACUGAUUGCCCCUCCCUUGAAUGCUGGCGAUGUUCUUCCACUCCUCUGCCCUAUAGCUCUCGAGCUCCUGCACGCAACCGCAGCCCAUACGUACACACAGCCCAUGGCACGCUAGGCAAGAAGACACACACCCCAGAGGACACCUGGGAAUGAUCGGGUUGCAGACUGCCCUGGUGUGCUGCUCUGCUCACUCAUGGCGGGCACAUCUGCAAAGGAAACAACCACACACGCCCUUGUCGCUGCACAGACAGCAUCAGUGAACAAAUCCUUACCAAAUCAAUAAUGAGCUCAUUGAUCUGCAGAUCUGCCACAGUGAUCUGCCACACACGUGGCAGAUCAGACGGGACGGUUUCGAAUUUCGCCCUCCCCUCUGC